AUGCGUUCCUUUAAAUCUUUAAAGCAACUUCCUACUUUCUUUAAAAAAGAAAUUUCGACAAAUAGUAAAAUUAAUACUCUCACCCAUAAAUCUAUUUUUCUUAAAUCAUACUCAACAUCGUAUAAACCUUUAUUUCCCAACAAUGACAACAACAUCAAGAAUAAUAAUACUUUUAAUUAUACUCGUCAUUAUAGCGGAUCUGAUUUUCGCUCCACAUCUCCCGAAUAUUAUUCAGAAAAUCGACAAUACCACUCGAGCAAAAAAGCUAAUACAACGGCAAAUGAGAUAACUUCAGAGAUUGAAGAUGAAACUCACAUUACUGAUAUCACGGAAAAAAUGAAACGUGACAAUAUGGGCGAAAUUAAAGAUGCAAAAUUAAUUUUUAAUCAAUCGUGGAGGAAUGUCGAAGCUACCUUUGGGCGUGAAAAUAUUUGCCUUCCAAGAGAAAUCAUCUGGUUGAUGGGAGCACCCGGUAGUGGAAAGGGAACACACACAAAUUCAAUUUUGAAAGCUCGUGGCAUUACAAAUCCUUCAAUUUGCAUGUCAGAGCUUUUACGUUCGCCAGAUUGUCUAGAUUUAAUCAAUAAAGGACAAAUGAUAAUCCUUGAAAGCUUGUUUCGUGCACUCCUUAAAUGUGAUCCGACUGUUGGAUGUUUGAUUGAUGGAUUUCCGCGAACAGAGAUCCAAGUGGAAUGUUUAAAAUUAUUAUACGACAAAAUGCAUGAAUUGAGACGUGAAUUCUGGGAUACACCUUUGAGAGAUCGAUUCCCUCGUCCAACAUUUAGAAUUUGUGUUUUAUAUGUUGACGAAGAUAUAUCAGUCGCUAGACAAUUGAUGAGAGGCAAGCAAACCCGUGAUAAUAAUAAACGAGUCAGACAAACUGGGGAAGGUCAAUUGAUGGAAGAACGUGUAACUGAUUUUGACGAGUUGUUGAUUCGCUCUCGGUAUAAAAUCUUCAAGAAACAUUAUGGCGCAUUAUUAAGACUUCGCGAGAUCUUUCCAUUUCAUCUGAUUAAUGCAGUUGGUACAAUUGACGAAGUGAUGCACGUGAUCUUGAGGGAAUUCGAAUACCAAAGCUCGCUUGAAUUAGAACAUUAUGAGGAGUAUGAGGCUGAAUUAUUUAAAAGGGCAAUUAAAUUCAUUGAUAAGCAAGUUAUACCAAUGGUUCAAAGGCACGCAAUUAGUGGACAAGCACUUAUUAGAACAACAUCUCAUGAAUUUGAAGAUCAACAUUUAGUUGACAUGAUAAUGGAUGUAUUGUCGGAACGUGGAUUUCACGUAAUGUUUGAUGAUAGGGUUCGUGAACUACCAGUUAGAAUUGAUAUGAAGACACAUGAAAUUAUUCUUGAAAAGUAA